UUCACUUCCACUCUCUCACUCUUUGGUCACCGCUUCGCUUUACUCUAUGCAGGACCCUUCCAGGCCGGCAACCGGCUACCCCGCGCCGCCCUUCCACCAGCCGAACGGAGGCCAAGCGCCGCCCCCCGCCACGGCCUACCCCUACGCCGCCCCCCCUCCCCAAUACUACAACCCAACCUACGCCCCUCCCAGGCCGUCCUCCCUGGCCUCCCGGUCCUUCUUCCGCGCCUUCUUCGCGACGAUGAUCUGCCUGGCCGUGGUGUUCGGCGUGAUCCUCAUCGUGACCUGGCUCGUCCUCCGCCCCUCGCUCCCCCACUUCACGCUCCACGCCCUCUCCGUCUCCAACCUCUCCACCACCGCCCAAUCCCUCUCCGCCACGUGGAACAUCUCCUUCUUGGUCCGCAACGGCAACGGCAAGAUGAGCGUCUCCUACAACGCCCUCCGCUCCUCCCUCUUCUACCGCACCAACUACAUCGCCGAGUCCCAGCUCCCGCCCUUCAAGCAGGACACCAAAUCGGAGUCCACUCUCAAUGCCACGCUCUCCGCCGCCGGCACCUACCUUGAGCCCCGCGUCAUUGACGACCUCAACGAUGAGAAGGCCAAAGGUCAGGUUCUCUUCGACGUUCAGAUUCUCGCCUCCACUUCGUUUCGCUCCGGCUCCUGGAGGUUCCGGACGAGGGUUCUCAAGGUUCUCUGCCGGAAAAUGCCUGUUGGAUUCUCUUCCAAAGCUGCUUCCGGCGAUUUGGUCGGCGGAGACAAGGAGUGUCAGGUGUGGACGUGAAUUCUUUUUUGAAACCCUAGGUUUUGGGAGGGGAAUAAGUUUUCUGAUUCUCUCUUGUUAUUAUUGAUGCUUUUAACUGUUUAUGUCUAUGCGAUUUGGGUUAGGUUUUAAUGCAAUUUUUUUGCUGGUAGUGUAUGACUGUAUAUAGUUAUUGUCACACCUUAUACUUACUCAAUUCUAGUCUUAUGGAGAUACUGAUUAAUUGCAAGUGAAUUGUUGUGUGUGUUCA